AUGGCCAUCGAGAGGGAGCGCGAGAGGCAGCAGUUAGAAGGUCUCAAAGAGGGAAGACAGCGACUGGAGGAUGUUAAGAAUGGCCUUGUACAGGCCACUGAAGAUGAGAUUCAGCAACUCUCUUCACUUCCCGAGAAUCUCACAAAUUGGUUCACUAUUGAGUGUCCCCCUUCACUUCUCCCACCUGGCAAAUACUGCGAUGUCACUGGUCUUUUGGGUGAAUACACGGAUCCUCGCACACGCCUGCGUUAUAAUAGCAUGCAGGUUUAUGACGUCAUCAAGACACUCCAGCCGUCGUCUGUCCAGCAAUUUCUGGCAAUACGCAGGUCUGAGACUGUGUUGAAGUAG